GCCAGUAUUAGGUAGACAGACAGUUCAUUCAAGCUGGCGGCGGCUUUGACACGACAGCCGCUUCCCGCAAAGGAAGGGGGAGGGAUUGAAGCCCCGCAGCAGCGCCAGGAGGGAGGGGACAGUCAGCGGAGGAUGAGCCAGCGGACGAAGAGGGGAGCCAGCAACAACAGAAGCUCACGACAGAUAAGGACGAGUGACACUCCAGGCGAGCAAAGGAGGAUUGCGCAGACAGGAUGAGCAGGUCAAGGCCAGUCCAGAAGGUCCAGAGGUGUGGAUGUCGCCGUGCCGACUUGCCGGGGGUCGAUUGGGCGCGAUCGGAUACCGGCACCGCCGCGGUGAGAUGAUGCUAUCCCCCACUUAUAGGGGCGCUGUUGGACGACGCCCUUUUUUUUCCCAGCGCUUUUUUAUUAGUCUUUUCAGCGGCUUAUUUCCAUUUUCCCUUUUUGCUUAUGGCGAGGCUUGUGUGCCGUUUUCCGUUGCUGGGGGCUUAAAACAAAUGCAAUUGAUUUCGAGGCGGCGGCGGUUCUGCGGAGUUUGGCGUGUUGGGGGGACCCGCUCCGUCACGGGGGGUGGGUUUUUGCCGAGAGAGAGCCGUCUGGAACUCUGGUCUGUUCUGUUUGUUCUAGUUCUGGCCGGUGGGGGGGGUAGGGAACGAAUUGCGUUGCAUGAAUGCAAAUACAGAUGGAGGAAAAAAACAGAGAGGAGGUAUUUCCCUUUGGUUUGAGGCUGAACGAGUGACUGCCGGGUCGAUUGGGUGUGGUGCGUAUGCCGCGUUUCGUUGGUUUGGAUUUACAUCAAGCGGCUCUCUGCCUCUCUGCCUCCGUCAUGCUCCUGGCUCUCCUCCGCGGGUGUGU